GACCUACCAGCGCGUCGGACAUGGGCUCCGCGGGCACGGCGCUGCCGCCUUUGCUUCUCGCGCUGGGCAUUCUUCAUAACUGCUGUGAAGCCUACAAUGUUGGGCUCCUGGAAGCAAAAAUAUUUUCUGGUCCACCAAGAGAGCAGUUUGGAUAUGCAGUUCAACAGUUUAUAAAUGAACAAGGCAAAUGGUUAUUGGUUGGUUCACCCUGGAGUGGCUAUCCUUUGAACAGAACUGGAGAUAUAUAUGCAUGUCCUGUUGGUGUGUCCAAAAGCACAUGUAAAAAAUUGAAUUUACAAGCUUUAAUAAAUAUUCCAAAUGUGACUGAAAUUAAAGAGGACAUGAACCUUGGCUUGACUCUGAUACAGAACUCAAAAACUGGAGGAUUUUUGACUUGUGGUCCCUUGUGGGCACAGCAGUGUGGAAGACAAUACUACGCAACAGGAGUUUGUUCUGAAAUCAGUCCAAGUUUUGAGAUCCUACGAAGCUUUUCUCCAGCUGUUCAAAAGUGUUCCUCUGUAAUAGAUGUUGUGGUGGUUUGUGAUGAGUCAAACAGCAUUUAUCCCUGGGAUGCAGUGCGGGCAUUUUUGAAAAAAUUUGUACAAGGCUUAGACAUAGGCCUUAACAAGACCCAGGUGGGUUUAAUUCAGUAUGCUAAUGAUCCUCGAGUAGUUUUCAACUUGAAUACAUACCAAACCAAGGAUGAGGUUGUUAAAGCAAUGGAGAAAACGUUUCAGAAGGGAGGAGAUCUCACUAAUACUUUCAAAGCCAUUGACAAUGCAAGACAGUACGCCUUCUCAGCUGAGUCAGGAGGACGCCCGACAGCCACAAAAGUCAUGGUUGUUGUGACAGACGGUGAAUCACAUGAUGGCUCCAACUUGAAAACAGUGAUAGGUAAAUGCAAUGAAGACAAUAUAACAAGAUUUGGCAUUGCUGUUUUGGGAUACUUAAUAAGGCAUGAACUUGAUACUAAAAACCUAAUUAAAGAAAUCAAGGGAAUUGCUAGUCACCCAACAGAAAAGUAUUUCUUCAAUGUGUCAUCUGAAGCUGCACUACUGGAAGAAGCAGGAACACUUGGAGAACGCAUUUUUAGUAUAGAAGGUACUGACCAAGGUGAUACCUUCCAAAUGGAAAUGUCACAGGUGGGCUUCAGUGCAUAUUACUCACAAAAAAAGGAUGUUCUACUGCUGGGUGCAGUUGGGGCCUAUGAUUGGAGUGGAACAGUAGUUCAGGAGUCUUCAGACAGAGCCACCACCUUUCCAAGCCAUGUAUUUGAGAAGAUUCUACAGGACAGAAAUCAUAGCUCAUACCUAGGUUAUUCUGUUGCUGUUCUCUCAACUAUGAGCUCUGUCUAUUUUGUUGCUGGCGCACCAAGAUCCAACUACACUGGCAGAGUGGUGGUUUAUAAUGUUGACAGUGAUGGUAAUGUUGCAAUUGUGCAAUCACAGAGAGGCGAGCAGAUUGGCUCCUACUUUGGCAGUGUGGUGUGUUCAGUGGAUGUUGACAGGGAUUCUGUGACAGAUGUGCUGCUUGUGGGUGCACCAAUGUUCAUGAAUGACCUGAAGAAGGAAGAAGGGAGAGUAUACAUGUUUUCCAUCACAAAGAGAAUCUUGGAUCAACAAGAACUCUUGGAAGGUCCACAGGGGUCAGAAAAUGCACGCUUUGGAUCAGCAAUUGCAACACUUGCAGACAUUGAUUUGGAUGGUUCUAAUGAUGUUGUAAUAGGUGCACCACUGGAAAACCAAAACUCUGGAGCAAUUUAUAUUUAUAAUGGAUUUCAAAAGACUAUACGUACCAAAUAUUCUCAGAAAAUCUUAGGAUCAGAUUCUGCUUUUGGACAAAAGCUCCAAUUCUUUGGAAGAUCAGUAGAUGGCCAUAGAGACUUAGAUGACGAUGGCAUUACUGACGUAUCAGUUGGUGCUGAUGGAAAUGUGGUUGUGCUAUGGUCAAGAGGCAUUGCAAAUGUGUCCAUAACUGCUUCAUUUAAACCUGAGAAAAUCAGUUUGCUGAACAAGAAUACGGAUAUAACUGUCAAAAUAUGUUUUCAGGCUUCAUUUAGACCUGCUCAGAAAAAUAAUCAAGUGGCUGUAAAGUACAAUGCAACAUUGGAUGCAGAUCUCCAGUCCUCCAGAGUGACUUCUAGAGGAUUUUUCAAAGAAAAUAAUGAAAGGUACAUGCAGAGGGAUCUUGUGGUGCAUCAUGAAGAGAAUUGUGUUCAUGAUGUCUUCAGUGUACAAGAGCCUUCGGAUGCAGUGAAUUCACUUAGUUUGCGCAUUGACAUUGGCCUUGCAAAUCCUGGCUCCAGCCCUGUCCUGGACAUAUCUUCUCCAGCAUCUGUGGCCUACAGUAUUCCUUUUAUUAAAGACUGCGGUGAAGAUGAACUUUGUAUCUGUGAUCUUGUUCUGAAUGUUCAGCAGAAGGCAGAUGACAGCAAACAACAGUUUAUUGUCAGCAGCAAAAACAGAAGACUAACAUUCAAUGUGAAAUUGAGAAAUAAAAAGGAAAAUGCAUAUAAUACCAGAAUCCAGGCUACAUUUUCAGACAACUUGUUUUUUGCUUCAUCUUCUUUACCGAGUGAUGGGACUGAAGUCUCGUGUCAAACAGGAACAGCACAAAGUACAGUCAUUUGCCAAAUAAGCUAUCCUGUUUUCAGAACAGGACAACAGGUAUCCUUUGAUAUUAGCUUUGAUUUUAACCUUAAAAAUCUUCAGAAUGUGGCAGUUCUAAGUUUUCAUACAUGGAGUGAAAGUAAGGAACAGCAAGACUCGGACAACCAGGUCGCCUUAUCAAUUCCUUUGCGAUAUGAUGCAGAAAUUCACUUCACAAGGCUUGCCAGUAUCAACUUCUAUGAAGUAUACUCUGGUCAUAACAUUCCUUCCACUGUGAAUAAUUUUGAAGAGAUUGGCCCCAUGUUCAACUUCUCAGUUAAGGUAACAACAGGAAGUAUUCCAGUAAAGAUGUCAUCUGUAACAAUCAAUCUUCCCGAACUGACCACCAAAGGCAACCCAUUGAUGUACCUAACUGCAGUCACCACAGAUGAGGCCAGAGGUGUUACUUGUGAUGCUCAGAUAAAUCCACUGCAAAUAGGGAAAAGACCUUAUUCUCCAUCUUUUAUGAAAGAGAACUUCAGAGCUUCCAAAGAACUGAACUGUAAGAAUGUGAAGUGCAGUACCAUCACAUGCAAACUGGAAGACAUUGCACUGAAAGGAGAGUACUUUGUGAACGUAUCCACCCAAAUCUGGAACGGAACCUUUGCUGCCUUAAUUUUCCAGACAAUACAACUCUCUGCAGAAGCAAAAAUUGAUACAAAUAACCCUGAGUUAUUUAUUAUUGGAGAGAAUACUCUAACUAUCCCAGUUACAAUAAUGAAGCCGGAUGAGAAAGCUGAGGUACCAGUAGGUGUUGUGAUUGGCAGCAUAUUGGCUGGACUCCUCUUGCUGUUGGUACUGGUUGCUGUUUUGUGGAAACUUGGCUUCUUCAAGAGACAGUAUGAGAAAAUGACACAGGAUAUAGAAGAUGUCGAUGAAAUUGCAGAACUCACGAAGGAUAAAGACUGAAGAUGAGUUACAUGGACGAAGAGGAGAUCUGAGCCACCAAUAGUAGUUGUGAUCAGUCAGUUCUUCAACUGGAGUGCCUUAAAGCUUAGUAACAUUUAAACAUUUUUAAUGAAAGUGUCUUUACAGAUUAAAUAUUUUACAGAUUCUACUCUAUUGUAAGAGUAACUGCAGGACAGUUUGGUUUUUUCAAAAAUUAUUUAUAAUGCCUUUUCUUGUAAAUUUUUGCCUUUCAAACAAACUUAACCCUUAGAACUGGCAGGUCCGGAGUAAACAGUAACAUACUGUUCCAGCAGCCCUUCUCUUGAUCCACUGCAGAGUGAAACAAGAAUUUAUUUCAGAUUAUUGUGGAACAGCAUCAGUUGGUAAUUCAGUUGACAAGUACCACAUGUGUUAAAGGACAUUUUCUAUUAAGUUGAUGAUGAAUGUGUGGUGAACACUGCUUCCAGACUGGGAGAAGAAAAGUAAUUUUUUCAUUGACUAGCUCCAUCCUUAUUGUUUUAGAAAAAUAAUUUCCACCAGCAAACCUUUGCUUUAACUAAUCUAUAAACUGGGAACUGUGUAUGAACAUGUCUGUCUGGGUGCUACAGGACAACUGGUUGGGCAAAGUCUUCCAAAAGUUCACCAUAUUUCUUGCCCUAAGGUCACAACUAAAUUAUUGAAGGAUAUUGUUUUGGGGAAGUAUUGCCAAAUGGUAUGUAUAACUGUUCUCUGCAAUGUUAACACUCAUUUUCAUCUUGAGAAGAACUACCACCACUACUGUUACGCUGGCCUUUAUACUGUCGGUCCCUCUGAUACCAGUUUGGCUUUUGACAUUAAUAGAAAAGACAGUCAAGAUCUUGCCUUUAAUUCUGUACUGAAAGAUUUUGUAAGACUAAGAACAUAGAGUGAACGAAAGGGGAUAGCUGACUGAGGAAUUAUGCAUGUUACAAAAGGGGAUAGUGAAGAUCUAAGCUCUGUAAAAUGUUUACUGCACUUCUUUAGCAUCUCAGUGCCCUCCAGGAGGCCAAAGUUCAGUACAACCUCCUUACCUGUCACAUUUUUUUGGUCCUACUUGUUAAUGUCUUGAUGAAGUUAACUUAUGUUUUAUACAGUGAAGUACUGUAGUGCUCUGUAAUGAGCUCUAAGCACAACACUUGGGUGACUUUUUGUUGGUUACAAACCUCAAGUUUAUCACAUGCUGUUACACUGCCUGGUUAUAAUGAAAGCUCGGUCUUAUAAAGGCCUAUGCUGUAAGACUGGUAACAGUCAGGGAAAUUGGCCUUUUGGCUGCCUUUCUCUCUCAUGCCUAGCAGUUACACUUACAAUUGAUUGUGAGAGAAGAUGUGUGUGUUUUUCGUAUGUAUGCUGCCAUGCCAGUGAGAUUGUUUCCAACUUGAGGUGAUUUACUUGAAGAGUAAAACAUUCAAAUGUGCCUGAUUGAGAACAUGAAAUCGUGGUUUCUUCCCCCCAAAACUGGAUUGUAAUUAUGCUUAGGCACUUUGCCAUUAUUUUCUGAGGGACUAGCCUUAAGCACAUUUGAAAGUUUUACUCAGUCUUUUUUAAUAGCUAAUCAGUCAAAAGCCAACCAUCUCUUUGGCAAAUAACAGCUUCAUUUGCAGCAACAGCUGGAUUAUGUUCAGUGUAGUUUUAUAUGUGUUUUGAAUUUAUUUUAUAUCUAUGAAAUGUUAUGUUUUGGGACAUUUUGUUGCGGUUUUUCUAACAUUCUGAAAAACAAUUCAGAUUCUUAUAUCAAUUAUCAAACAACAUUCUUGCCAUCAGCUGAGUCUGUGACCAAAACAAAUAUUCUAAAAGUGGGGGAAAAGUAGCAAUUGCAUAAAUCUAAACAAUAAGCUCCUGACUUGUAAUUACAAACUUUGAGGGCAAAUGCUUUUAAGAGUAAAAAGAAAAAAUUUGUCUGCCUCAAUUCUUAUAUAAACUUGUGCAGAAAAAAAUACCCUUACAGCCAUGUAUGUGGGAAGCUCCUACAUAAUCAGGAUCCUGCACUCCAGAGAAGAGGGGGAAUUUUUCAAUACACCAGAUGGUAAAAUUUUCAAUUUCUGGUGCUGCCUACCAGGGCAAUUCAGGCAUUGACCCAGAUUUCCUUCUUCUGCCUUCAGUGGGAGGUACAGGUCAAUAUCCAAUAUGCAACUUCUUUGGGGAUUUAACAGUUUAUCAAUCAGGUAAUAAUGAUUCAAUUCACUAGCAUUUUGACAUGGACAACAUAAUUCCCCUUCCCAGCCUGGACACAAUACUGCUUUUCCAAAAUAAAGGGGAGACAUAGCAAUGGUAAGGUUUUUGUAUCCUAACCACUCCAAGUUACUAGUUUAUUUUUCUUUUACAAUUAAUUAAUACUUAAAUGGAUAAUUCAGUUUUUGUAAUGAGUAAGUCUAUUGCACUUUUAAGUUGGCACAGCUGCAAAUAAUACUGGAAAUAUUAUGUAUAUUUUGUAUUGCGUGCAAGGGUUUUUUUGGUUUUUUUCUUUUUAAUUUACUUUUUUAAAGCAGCGUGUUUUAAAUACCCUGAAAUUUUGAGCUUCCACAUGUACUUCUGUUUGUGCUUGCAGAAAGAAAAGUCAGCAAUACCUUCAGCAAACUCAAGUUAUAUCUGAUUCUGGUCUUGAAAUGUAGCUGCUGAUUUCCUGAAGUACUGGAAUCAAGUCCAAAAUCUGAGUUGGUUUCAUAUGAGCCUAUGUAUAAAUUUGGAAUAUACAAGAGAGUUUAUAAUAAAGUUGACUUCUAAAAGCUAGCAUGUAAGCUCUAUGGGAGCAGGGACUGUAUCACUGUGGUGGCCUGUCUGAGGGCCUAGCAGCAUUACUGCAAUAAAAUCCAAGACUACUGCUGAAUUUAUUUUUUAUUUAUUUUUAGACAGCAACCUAAAGAGAAGCAAUGCUACUGAAAAAGCACUGCAUAAAACGGGGCCAAA